AAAAGAAGUGUGAAGAAAUUAUAUCUACACGAAAAUUAGGCAAGUCAUAUAGACAAAUUGUUAAACUUGUUGGAAGACCACCAAUCUUAAACGAAUCAGCACAAGAUCGUUUAACACAACUUGUUUUAAGUAAUCGCCGUAUGACUAAAGAACAAAUUCAAGCUGCAUUGAAAUAG